GAAAAAUAUGCGUUUUCGAAGUUAGCACUGAUAAUCUUAAUGAUAGCAGGUAAAUAUCGUUUGUUAAUGAUCACCGAAAAAUACUUAACAUAUAUAUUUAUAUUUAAAAAUAAUAAAAUUCGAUGCCUUUGCAAAAAAAAAAAAUUUUAUAGGCGAUAUUAUCGAGAGGAGCACAUUGAAUCAGCUAAACUGUUGGAAUGGCCAAGCCUAAGUCAUAGUGGUGUUCCAAUUCAUCCACUUCAGUUUCAGAGAUUACUUCGCAAUCUUGGUGUUGAUUCUGAUUGUCAUGUCAUUCUUUAUGAUCGGGGAGAAGUUAUCUGGUCAACAUAUGCUUUCUGGAUCUUCCAAUUAUUCGGCCACGCUAAAAUAUCACUUCUAGCAGGUGGGCUUUUGGAAUGGAAACGCCUUCAAUCUAAUUCUACUCAAUACAGAAUUGAAAGCGGAGCUGGUGAUUUUGUUAGUCGGAUCGGCAACUUUCGAUCCCAGUGGAACUCUAAUAUUAUUUACACAUUCGACGAUGUGAUGAAUAUUGUUGAACUAAAAAAUCACGAUCUAAUUGAUGCUCAAGAUAAAGAGCACUAUAGUGGUAUUGGAAAAGAGGCAGUAUAUGGACAUAUCCGUACAGCACUGAAUAUACCUAUUGAUGAUGUAUAUGACUGGCAUAAACGAAAGUGGCUUGAUGCUAAUAAACUUUUCGAAAUUUUCAUUAAAAAAGGCCUUUCUCGGUCGCGACGAGUGGUUAUUUAUUGUGCCACUUCAUUGAAAGCUAGCAUGAUAUUUUAUGCGUUGCAAAAAUGUGAUUAUGAUUGCGCAAUAUAUUUUGGAUCAUGGUCUGAAUGGCUUAUUAGAGCUCCAGAUUUUUUAAAAGUCGUUCCUGAAAAAAACGUCUAA